AUGUCCUUUAUCUUCAAUUGUCAGCCUUGCAUUGCAUUUGUUCUAUUGAUUUUCAUAUUGAACGGUAUAUCAAAAAAGGAAACUCGUCUUUAUGCCAACGCAUAUGACAUUGGCCAAAGCGACUCACAGGAAUUGAAGUUUGGACCCAUAGAUGCGGUUUACACAUGGGUUAAUGGGUCAGAUCCUUUAUGGAAGAGUGAUAGGGACUUUUGGUAUCAGCGCUGGGUCCAGGAAUAUGAUGCACCUACUCCAGACGUCCAGAAUAGUCAGAACAAUGGCUCUGAUAAUGCGGAUGAUGCUUUCGCCGAUAAUCAUUUCCGAGACAAUGACGAGCUCCGAUAUUCAAUUCGCUCCCUGGAUAAAUAUGCACCUUGGAUACGCCAUAUAUACAUCGUGACGAAUGGCCAGGUUCCUUCUUGGCUGGAUCUGGGCAAUCCUCGCGUCACAAUUGCCAAACACACGGAAAUUUUCGAAAACUCCUCACACUUGCCGGUCUUUUCUUCCUCCGCUAUUGAGAGCAAUCUGGACAGAAUCUCAGGUCUCAGUGACACCUUCCUCUAUUUCAAUGACGAUGUGUUCCUAGCUGCGCCUAUAUGGCCAGAUGACUUUUUCACACCAUCUGGGGUACAAACCAUAUACCUCUCCCACCGAGUUCCAUUGGGUUAUGAUGCAUAUCCGGAGUAUCGGGCUCAGUUUGACAGCACUCCUUCAGAUAAGCCCCAAGUGUCAUGUGAGCUCGAAUUUGAUGACUACGGGUUUGUGGGUGAUGGGGAUGGUGGAGUGAAAAUUGAGCGGCUAGUUGGGAAAGUACAUGCCUCAUCAGCAUGCGAUGUGGAAGGAGCAGAGAUCCCGCAGUCUUUACUUGCCGAAGUUUUGGGGAGUGAUGUCCCUGUAGAACAUGGCCACAUUGACCUUGCCUUACACUCAAUCCAUAAUCAUACCUCAGAGGACGUUGGGGCAUCGAACACGACAGAAAGCAUGCCAAGACUAGACACCAAGACCAGAAUAAAACUUGCUGCGCUGCUAGAUGCAUUCUCGCAGUGCCCCCACGCCGAUGACUUGGUUGCUAAUGCAAUUAGAUCUGUGAUAAAGGCAUUCAAAGGACGAUUCCCUUUCACGAAGCAUCUCCGGAGGGUCCCAUCUCACAUGCCUCAUAUGAUGAACAAGCAAAUACUUACCGAGCUCAAAGGCAUAUUUCCACAGCAAUUUCAGCUUAACUCAGAACAUCGAUUUCGGCACCCACGGGACCUGCAGGUUGGCUUUGCCUAUUUCAACUAUCUAAUCAAUCGCCACGAAAUUUUAUCAUCUAAACUGUGCGGGUUGAGGGAUGAAGAUGUUGAGACCAGCCGCAAUUGCAGAAUUGAAGAAGAUGACAUCCGAAUUAUCGAAAACCUUCUGUGCGGAACAAGCCCACCGGCAGGUUUUCAUGACCUCGUUCAAACGUGCAUUCACAAUAGCUUUGAGUUCAAAAACAAUCUACCGCUGCCGACAAAAAUGAGAAACGCGACAGGACUUUCCAUCAAGGACAUUGAGCAUUGCAUCGAUAUGCCAGGGUUGCGAUUGCGUUUGCAGAAAAAGGGAUAUAGACUGAAGAUGGGAACCGAUGUGACCUUUCACAUGUUGGGAGACGACUACCAAACCACUAUGGACCAACUAAAAUCGACAAGAGACCGACCAACAAAGUUUAUUUGUCUCAAUGACGACAUGAAAAGCCCAUCAACUGAAGUGAGGCACGCGUUGAGGCACUUACUCGAAGAUCUGUGGCCUCUGCCUUCAACCCUUGAGUUACCGACGACACCUGUUGAUUAUCAACGAGACAACAAAGCAAUCUUGCACAUGGAUAACAUGUCUCCACACGUUUCUUUUCUUCUCUUUUUGCUUGUUGGGAGCAUACUGGUGCUACCGUUAUUCUUUCGAAUUUCGGGAAGCCGGGCUCAGCGCAAGAAAAAUUAG